CUUGGGCUCUGUUGCCGCUUCGGAACAGACCAGACUGUUCAAGGGACGGAAGGGGAGAGCGAGCGGCAGUCAAGACUACGGGUUACGCCUUCUCAAUCAAUCUCAACCCAUCAGUUGUUUUUGGUUUAUCAUCGACUGCAUAUAGAUCCUGCUGAUCCGGGUUCGCUUGACCUGUCUAAUCGCGUCAGAUCCUUCUUGCCUGAAGGCCCAGCUCGUCCAGGCAUUUGUAAGACCUGAAGGUUUGGGAGGCAUUAUCACACCAUUUGGCUUGCAGUCUUCUCAGGUCUAGUUUCCAACUAUCGGAUAGAUUUUUGUGAGGGAUAGAUAAAACUUAAAGCAUUACAAGGAUGUGUGGAUUGGAUAGUUGGUAGAAACUCAUGACAAGCAUCUUCAUCCCCUUAUUCUGAGUCUCCAGUGGGAAGACCAAGGAGGACUUUUGAAGAUUCCCCUCUUUUUCUGGAUAGGAGAGAGAUUUGAAAAUUCAGCGACCAAGUUUAGGGGUUGACUUGCCCCAAGGUGGUGAGUACAACCCUUAUCCUGUUGUGCGGAGGGUGAAUUCCUUCCAUACUAUGGCCAUAGAUGACGACAUGGAGGUUGGUGCCUUAGGGCCUUAUACAGACAGGCCAAGGGUGUUCCCAAGCAUGCGCAGUAAACCAUAUAAGCCAUUGAAGUCACAGACCUUCUGGGGUUGGCUAUUGGCAAUGCUAACUGUUACAGUGUUCUUACAAAUUUUUCGGGUUCUGAUGGGAGUAAACAUUCGAGUUCUUCUUGUACUCAUGCUCUUGGGGCUUGGAGGAAUCUUUUACAUUGGAGCAAGUACUUCCCCCAUCAUUGUUUUUGUCUUCUCCGUUUGCAUAAUUAGUUUCCUUUUGUCCAUAUAUCUCGCAAAAUGGGUCCUUGCGAAGGAUGAAGGGCCUCCUGAGAUGGCGCAGAUAUCAGAUGCAAUACGAGAUGGAGCUGAAGGGUUCUUCAGAACCCAAUAUGGGACAAUCUCCAAGAUGGCACUGCUUCUCGCAGUAGUGAUUCUUAGUAUAUAUUUGUUUCGCAGUACGACUCCACAACAAGAAUCUUCUGGCCUUGGAAGGACAAUUUCUGCAUAUAUCACUGUGGCUGCAUUUCUUCUAGGCGCUUUAUGCUCAGGUAUUGCAGGUUAUAUUGGAAUGUGGGUUUCUGUUCGUGCAAAUGUUCGAGUCUCUAGUGCUGCAAGAAGAUCUGCAAGAGAGGCAUUGCAGGUAGCUGUCCGUGCUGGUGGAUUCUCUGCCAUGGUGGUGGUUGGCAUGGCUGUCAUUGGAAUAGCCAUUCUUUAUGCAUCAUUUUAUGUUUGGUUGGGAGUGGAUUUGCCAGGCUCGAUGAAGGUUACUGAAUUGCCACUUCUGCUUGUUGGAUAUGGUUUUGGAGCUUCAUUUGUUGCCCUGUUUGCUCAGCUCGGUGGUGGAAUAUAUACAAAGGCAGCUGAUGUUGGUGCUGAUCUCGUGGGAAAAGUCGAGCAGGGUAUACCUGAAGAUGAUCCUCGCAAUCCUGCUGUUAUUGCAGAUCUGGUCGGAGACAAUGUGGGUGAUUGUGCAGCCAGAGGUGCCGACCUUUUUGAGAGCAUAGCAGCUGAAAUUAUUAGUGCCAUGAUACUGGGAGGAACAAUGGCCCAGAGAUGUAAAAUUGAAGAUCCAUCUGGCUUCAUCUUGUUUCCUCUUGUUGUUCACUCUUUUGAUCUAGUGGUAUCUUCAGUUGGGGUGCUUUCAAUCAGGGGAACAAGAGACUCUGGUGCGAAGGGUGCUGUUGAGGAUCCAAUGGCAGUUUUGCAGAAAGGAUAUUCUGUCACUAUAGUUUUGGCUGUGAUUACUUUUGGUGCGUCUACGAGGUGGAUGCUUUACACUGAACAAGCGCCUUCUGCAUGGUUGAACUUUGCAUUAUGUGGGUUGGUCGGUAUAAUCACAGCGUAUGUAUUUGUCUGGAUCACAAAGUACUACACUGACUACAAACAUGAGCCAGUACGGACAUUAGCCCUCUCUAGCUCCACUGGGCAUGGAACCAACAUAAUAGCAGGGGUUAGCUUGGGCCUGGAGUCAACUGCCCUUCCUGUACUAGUCAUAAGCGUGUCUAUAAUUUCCGCUUUCUGGUUGGGUCACACUUCGGGCCUGGUGGAUGAGACUGGAAACCCAACAGGUGGGCUCUUUGGAACAGCUGUAGCGACAAUGGGAAUGCUCAGCACGGCUGCGUACAUUCUCACGAUGGAUAUGUUUGGUCCAAUUGCUGAUAAUGCUGGUGGAAUUGUGGAGAUGAGUCAACAGCCAGAAAGUGUUAGGGAGAUCACCGAUGUUCUAGAUGCGGUGGGCAACACAACAAAAGCUACCACAAAAGGCUUUGCCAUUGGUUCUGCUGCUCUUGCAUCUUUCCUUCUAUUUAGUGCCUACAUGGAUGAGGUGGCUACCUUUGCCCAUGAACCAUUUAAACAGGUUGAUAUUGCAAUACCAGAAGUCUUCAUUGGAGGGUUGCUAGGUUCCAUGCUCAUUUUUUUAUUUAGUGCAUGGGCCUGCUCCGCAGUUGGCCGAACUGCACAAGAAGUCGUCACUGAAGUAAGAAGACAGUUCAUUGAAAGACCUGGCAUAAUGGACUACAAGGAGAAACCCGAUUAUGGUCGUUGUGUUGCCAUUGUAGCAUCUGCGUCGUUGAGGGAGAUGAUCAAGCCGGGUGCUUUGGCUAUUGUGUCCCCUGUAGCCAUUGGUGUCCUCUUCAGGAUAUUGGGAUAUUACACUGGGCAUCCUCUGCUCGGGGCUAAAGUGGUGGCUUCCAUGUUGAUGUUUGCGACAGUAUCUGGUAUCCUCAUGGCUCUGUUCCUGAACACAGCUGGCGGUGCCUGGGACAAUGCAAAGAAAUACAUUGAGACGGGUGCACUUGGAGGCAAGGGUAGCGAGAGUCACAAAGCAGCGAUUACCGGAGACACUGUUGGGGACCCCUUCAAAGACACGGCUGGACCGUCCCUUCAUGUGUUAAUAAAGUUGCUUGCGACAAUCACGCUCGUCAUGGCUCCGGUCUUUCUAUAGAGAAAGAGUGGGAGGAGAGAGAGGGGGGGAUCGGAAGAGAGGAUUUCGGAUGAUUCUAUGCUUGGUUCACAUAAUGAGAUGGCCUGUUUUUAGGAACUUGUAACCUCCUUGCUGACAGGACAAAAGAAUUACACCAUAGGAAAUUAUUACUUUACAAAAUCUUUUCGGUGUAUUAUAUAUCAUCUUAAAAAAUCUAGGACGCCUUCUUUUUAUUUAUUUAUUUUAAAUUAGAAUAAUUAUAUACUGAGUUGGAUCUCAAGAGUGGGCGCUGUUCAAUUCUGUUAGAGUUGCGGAUUGGACUAAUAAGAAUGAAUGAAUUAGGUUUAAUUGGACUUGA